GUGUGUGUUCGCGUUUUAAUGGGUCGGAUCAGUUCUGCUCCACCCUCGCUGACAGUCAGCAGGUAUACACACACACACACUCGCGUUCACUCUCAACUUUAAACUUUUCCAGCGUUCCUGCUGUUCGGAUCAACAGCACUGAGGCUUCGGGACAGCGCGUGCGGAUUCUACACUUGAAGUGUCUGGAUUUCUCGACAUGGAUCUGUGGAAAUGUAAUCCGAGUCGAACAUGUUUGUGAAGUUUUAAUUCAUUUAGGAACAUGGAAACGAGUGUUUAGAAAAGGCUUUCUCUUGACAGUGUUUUCCCGCAAAGCUCUUGUUUUUUCUGGAUAAUAUUUUUUUCCCAGUCGCAAUUUUUAUGUUGGACCUCAUGGGAAAGGUUUCCAGGCGUUCACGGUGGGAUGGUGACGCGUGUUUGAUCAGAGUGGAAUAACUGAGACAUUGUUGCAUUGGUAGAUACGGUGAUUCUGCUACAACCUGCUACAUUCUGGAAUGUUUGGAAUCCUUUGAAGUGGACGCGGCGCACCGCACAAUAAUGGAGUCAUUAUGACGUCACGUUCUCAAUCACGACGCGCGGGAAUCCACAAGAGGAAUCUGUAAUAUUAUUGAUCCGACCUUUAGGAGAUCAUAUUAAACUCUUUUUUUGUCGUUCAAAUCAAUGCUCGCGCCAGGAGUCUGUCCGCUGUCAAUCACCCUGUCACUCUGUCUAUCAUGUUCUGUCAGUGAUACGGGCCAGUCCCUGACUAAAGUUCCAUCGAAUUGCUUGUGAUAUUCUUUUAUUUCAGAUCUCAAACCUGCAGUGCUUUUAAAACUAUCCACUCUAAAGGCCACUGGGUUUUUGGACAGUUUCAGUGACCUCUAAGGAUUCUCCUGUCUUUUAUCUGAGCUCUGAUUGGACGGAUAGCGCAUAAUGUAUGGCUGGGGCCCGCCGCUGCAGCCAGGACAAUGAGGGUUCCUGUGCGGCAAUUGGCCGGGCUCUGGCCGUGGCUGCUCAUGGCUGCCUCGCAGGUGGCGUUGGGCCACACGGGCCUGGAACUAGCCGCUGCUGUGGAGUCCGAACGCUCCGCACCCCGAGCCAUGAUCAAGGUGUCUCUGCUGAAGCAGGAGCCCACCAGCAGGCCCAUCACCCUAGAAGGGGUGUUCGCCGGGGGCAGCACAGGCUAUGCCGAAGGGAAACUGAUGCAGAAAACAAUUCUUUGCAUGAUACUUGGAGGCUUUAACUGGCAGACAAAUGCUCUAAACGUAUUUGGACAGAAUCGCUCACCUGGGAAGCCAUCGAAUGCAUCUGUGUGAGAGCCAAGAGUUGCCUGGGUCUUAUUGGCGCUGAUAGAUUUGUGGUGGUGUUAAGUGUUAGGUCGGUUCUCUGAGGCCAUACUGCCAGAUGUUCGGGUCUGAAGGCUGCGAGUUCUGUGAUUCUCUGCGAGAGCCGUCCCGAUCAAGCCAGAGGGGCUGCGUUCACUGUAAAUGGAUCUCGAAAGCCUUUAUACCUGUUGGAAAGAGUUACUGCAUCAUAGAAAUAAACUAAACCGAUUUCU